AUGGCUAUUUGCGACUCUAACUACUGCUUUAGAGUAAUUGAUGUGGGUUCUUACGGGAAGGAGAGUGACUGCAAUGUCUUCAAAACAUCUGCAUUUGGCAAAAAACUUUACACGAACAGAACAAACUUUCCAGCAAAUCAAUGCUUACCAAAUGACAAUCUUGGCGUGCCACAACCAUUUGUGUUAGUGGCUGAUGAAGCAUUUGCUCUGCAUAAAAAUUUAUUAAGGCCGUUUCCAGGAAGAAGUUUAAAUGACCAGAGAAGAAUAUUUAAUUACAGAUUAUCUAGAGCCCGUCAGUAUAUUGAAUGUUCCUUUGGUAUUAUGUCAAAAAAGUGGAGGGUUUUCCAGACCAGCAUGCUUGUAGAACCAGAAACUGCGGUUAAAAUCACAAAAGCCUGCUGUGUACUUCAUAAUUUUGUGUGA